UGCACACUCCUGGUGCUCACGUCCUGGCUGGGCGCACUGCUCAAUGCCUCCAUCCAUGUUAUCUAUACUACGAAUCUCCCUGACUGUGCCUCUAGGCAAAUCCAUCAUUUCUUUUGUGAGAUCCCACGCUUACUGAAACUGGUCUGUGCUGACACUUUCCAGUAUGAAAAGGGUGUUUUUGUCAGUGGGGUGAUUUUUCUCCUCCCUCCCAUCUCAGCCAUUCUGGCCUCCUAUGGACGCAUACUGUUCAUUGUGCUGGGCAUGCAAUCGAGCCUGGAGCUCACGAAAACCUUGGCUACUUGCUCUUCUCACUUGACUGUGGUGUCUCUGUUCUACGGGGCUGCCAUCUUCAAGUACUUUCUGCCCAAGUCCUACCACCCCCCUGAGCAGGAUGAAGUGCUCUCCGUCUUCUACACCAUCCUCACACCCAUGCUCAACCCCCUCAUCUACAGCCUGCGGAACAAGGACAUCGCCAGAGCCCUCAGAAGGCUUCUCAGGAAAUGA